AUGCAGCUGUGUCCGAAGGAGCUUGACAAGCUCGUCAUCUCGCAGCUUGGCCUCCUCGCGCAACGCCGACUGGCCAGGGGUGUCAAGCUGAACCAUUCUGAAGCAACCCUUAUUCGCGAUGGAAACCACACGGUCGCGGACCUCAUGUCCAUUGGCACGACCAUGCUUGGCCGUCGCCAUGUACAGCCCUCUGUUGUCAACUCCCUCUCUGCGUUGAUGGUCGAAGGCACAUUUCCUACAGGCACAUACCUCGUUACCGUCCACCACCCCGUGUCCACCGAUGAUGGAGACCUCGAGAAAGCGCUGUAUGGCUCGUUCCUGCCUGUUCCGUCCAACGACAUGUUCCCACUACCCGAUUCGGACGUAUACGAUGAUACAAAGCAGCCAGGCGCAAUAGUGGCAGUCAAGGGUGAGGCUGGUGUAAUCAAGUUGAAUGAGGGGCGCAAGAGGAUCAAGUUGAAGGUCAAGAGUAUGGGAGACCGACCAAUCCAGGUUGGAUCACAUUACCACUUCAUCGAGACGAACCCGCAACUCCAGUUCGAUCGCGUUCGAGCGCAUGGUUACCGCCUCGACAUCCCCGCCGGCACCUCGGUGCGUUUCGAGCCUGGUGAUACGAAGACGGUCACCUUGGUACAGAUUGGUGGCAAUCAGAUUAUAAAGGGCGGAAACAUGAUCGCCUCAGGCUUCAUCGAGGAUAUGUCCGUCGCAAAUGGAAUCGUCGAGAGGUUGAAGUCUGGUGGUUUCCUUCACGAGCCAGAGCCGCAUGGCGAUGCCGCGCACAUUGAUAUCUGUACUAUGGAGCGACAGGCCUACAUCAGUAUGUUUGGUCCAACCACCGGUGAUCUGGUCAGGCUCGGAGCUACAGAUCUCUGGAUCAAGGUGGAGAAAGACAUGACCCAAUACGGUGAUGAGUGUGCUUUUGGAGGAGGAAAGACUCUCAGAGAAGGCAUGGGUCAAGCUGGAGGUCGAUCCGACAAGGACUCGCUGGAUACCGUCAUCACCAACGCUUUGAUUAUCGACUGGUCUGGCAUCUACAAGGCGGAUAUCGGAAUCAAAGACGGAAUCAUUGUUGGUAUUGGCAAGGCAGGUAACCCGGACGUGAUGGACGGAGUGGACCCCAACCUAGUGGUCGGUUCCUGCACCGAUGUCAUUGCAGGCGAACAUAAGAUCAUAACGGCGGGCGGGUUUGAUACUCACAUCCACUUUAUCUGUCCUCAACAAGCAUAUGAGGCUAUAGCAUCGGGUAUCACGACUAUGCUUGGUGGCGGCACUGGACCUAGUACAGGUACAAACGCGACAACUUGUACUCCUGGCAAGACGCAUGUCAGGCAGAUGCUGCAAGCUAUCGACGAAUUGCCUUUGAACUACGGUAUCACGGGCAAAGGAAACGAUUCCGACAUACGGCCUCUGCAACAGCAAGCUGAGGCGGGUGUCUGCGGUCUCAAGUUGCACGAGGAUUGGGGAACCACGCCGGCUGCCAUCGACGCUUGUUUGAGUGUAUGUGACGAGUACGACAUCCAGACACUCAUCCACACGGACACACUCAAUGAGUCCGGUUUUGUCGAGUCAACGAUUGCAGCUUUCAAAGACAGAACGAUCCACACCUACCACACCGAAGGCGCAGGCGGAGGCCAUGCUCCAGACAUCAUCAGCGUUGUCGAGCUCGACAACGUUCUCCCCUCAUCCACCAACCCAACCAGACCCUACACCCGAAACACUCUGGACGAACAUCUCGACAUGCUGAUGGUCUGUCACCACCUCUCCCGAAACAUUCCAGAAGACGUCGCCUUCGCCGAAUCCCGAAUCCGCGCCGAGACUAUCGCCGCAGAAGACGUCCUCCACGACCUCGGUGCCAUCUCCAUGAUGUCGUCCGACUCCCAAGCCAUGGGCCGUUGCGGCGAGGUCAUUCUUCGUACCUGGAAUACCGCGCAUAAGAACAAAGUGCAACGCGGCACUCUGGAAGAAGAUAAGGACACCGAUGCCGAUAACUUUAGAGUGAAACGGUACAUUAGUAAAUACACGAUCAAUCCUGCCAUAGCGCAGGGUAUGGGCCACCUUAUCGGUAGUAUAGAGGUAGGUAAAGUAGCAGACCUGGUACUCUGGACACCAAGAAACUUUGGCGUCAAGCCAUCUCUAGUCGUGAAGAGUGGAAUGUGCUCCUACGCUCAAAUGGGUGAUCCCAACGCCUCCAUCCCCACCGUCGAGCCCAUAAUCAUGCGGCCCAUGUUCGCCCCGCUCCUUCCCCAAACAAGCAUAACAUUUGUCUCGCAAGCCUCCAUCGCCUCGGGUGUCGUGAAGUCCUACGGGUUGCGCAAGCGUGUCGAGGCAGUCAAGAAUUGCAGGAACAUCGGGAAGAGGGAUAUGAAGUUCAACAAUACGAGACCGAAGAUGAAGGUUGACCCGGAACGGUAUACGGUUGAAGCGGACGGUAUGGUCUGUACGGCGGAGCCGUCCGAGACGUUGCCGUUGACGCAGGGAUAUUUUGUUUAUUAG